AUGGGAGUGGGAACAGUGCUAAGUUACCAGUGCAUCCUGCUGGGGCUGGCACUGACUGGAAUGGACAAAAGGAUGCAAUACCUGCUGUGGCUGCUGGUGUCCCUCACAAAACAAGGAGUGUGGAAAGCGAGGAAUACUCUCAACCAGCACAACAGAGGGGGGUCGAAGAAACUGGGGGAGAGAAUCCUUGUGAACCUCAGAGGAAAAAUGAAGCAUGACAUAGCCAAGUGCGUUUUUUCCAUGGCAAAGGAGCACUGGAAAAGUGGCGUCUGUGUCCUGGAUGAAAUGGAACUGUGGCAAUAUAAUUUGUCCUGCUCUAAAGAAGUCCGAUCUCCAGCUGUGUAUGUGGUGAUGUAUAUUUCUGCAGUGGCAGUGGUGAUGCUGACAGUGUGUGGAAACCUGGUGGUGAUCAUCUCUAUCUCUCACUUCAAGCAGCUCCACACACCAACCAACCUCCUCCUGCUCUCCCUGACUGUGGCAGACUUUCUGGUUGGAGUCAUGGUGAUGCCUUUCUCUUUAAUUGAACUAAUAGAAACAUGCUGGUAUUUUGGGGAAACAUUCUGCACACUUUAUAACAUUUUUGUGUUUGUAUUGACCUCAGUUUCGAUCAGUAAUUUAGUAUUUGUAGCAAUUGAUCGAUAUUUUGCAGUAUGUGAUCCAUUGCUUUAUUCCACCAAAAUAACUAUUAAAAUACCAUGCUUAUUCAUACUGUUGAGCUGGUUAGUGUCACUGCUGUAUAAUGUUGCACUCAUUUAUUGUAAUGAAAAUAUAGGCAGAUCUGCAAAACUGAAUGCUUGCCUUGGUGACUGCCUACUUUCAGUCAAUAAAAACUGGGGAACAGCUGACCUACUGAUUACAUUUGUUGUGCCUUGUUCUAUAAUGUUAACACUUUACUUAAAAAUCUUUAUAGUUGCUAGAAAACACGCACAAGCCAUCAGAUGUGCUGCAGAUCAAAUACAUUCAACCACUGGGGUCCAAAGAACAAUCCCCAAGAAAUCUGAAAGAAAAGCUGCAAAAACAUUAGGUAUUGUUGUUCUAGGUUUUCUUCUAUGUUGGGUCCCAUAUUAUAUCUGUAUUAUUGUGGAAGCAAAUAUGAAUUUGUCUUCUUCUGUGCUAAUGAAUUUUCUCUCUUUUCUGGUGUAUUUUAAUUCUUCUGUGAAUCCUGUUAUUUAUGGUUUGUUUUACCCCUGGUUUCAAAAGUCAUUGAAACUCAUUGUAACUUUCAAAAUAUGUAGUCCAGCAUCUUCUUUGAUUAACCUAUUCCCAGAAAAACAUUAA